AACUUUUGAUUACUGACCCAAAAAAAAAAAUAAUAAUAGUAAUUUGAAUUUAAAAGUUGACCUUAAAAUUAUGACGAAUCAAGACAUCAGCGACUACUUAAUUUCCUCAACCGCCGCCGCCGCCGCCGCCGCCACCAUACGCAAUCCGGCCCCAACACCGAAGUUUGUUUUAAAUUUUAUAUUUGACUGAAAAUAAAUCUAUUCGUCAACUUCUACUUCUCUGUACGUGUGCAAUGAGAUUUUGUGUUCUAUAUAUUUGACUUCCCAAAAAUCAUAGCACAAAUUAUUGCCCAAGUUGGGAGACUUGCGUUUUAACCAAAGGGAGCCCAAAAUCAAAACAAAAAGAAAAAGGAGAAAUGGGAUUAACUUUGAGUUCGCUAUUUUCGUGUAGUGUUUUCUUAUUAGCAGCUCUGUUCCUUUCGUUGAAAUGGAUAAAAUCAGAGAAAGAAACCAAACAGAGUCAGAGCCCACCAGGCCCGCGAGGAUUGCCAGUAAUCGGCAACAUGUUGGAUCUUGGAACGAUGCCACACCGGACCCUUUUCAACCUCCGAACCAAAUAUGGUCCUCUUCUUCGGUUAAAGCUUGGAUCAAUCAACACCGUUGUCGUUCAGUCAGCACAAGUAGCAGAACAGCUCUUCAAGAAUCACGACCAUUCUUUCUGUGACCGCAAGUGUCCUGCAGCAUUAACAGCCCACGAUUACAACCAGGGAUCAAUCAUCGUUGGUCAAUAUGGCUCCUACUGGCGCUUGCUCCGCAGAUUUUGCACCAUGGAGCUUCUCGUCACCAAGAGGGUCAACGAAACGGCACCGCUUCGCCACAAAUGCGUCGAUACCAUGUUAAGCAAGAUCGAAGAGGAGUCUGCUGCUGGAGUCGCCAGUGGAGAAGCAGGUAUGGUGAAUUUGGCACACUGUCUCUUUCUCAUGGGUUUCAAUUUGGUUGGCAAUCUUAUGCUUUCCAGGGAUCUAUUGGACUCGGAGGAAGGGAAAGAAUUCUUCGAAGCCACAAAUGGGAUAUCAAAGUGGGUGGGAAAGCCGAAUCUGGCUGAUUUUCUACCUUUCUUGAACUGGUUGGAUCCGCAGGGAGUGAAGAGAAACACAGCCAAGCACUUGGAAAAGGCAUUAAAGAUUGUGGGAAGGUUUGUGAAGGACAGGGCUGAAGAGCACAAGCUAGGGAAACAGAGGACGACAAAGGACUUCUUAGAUGCGUUGUUAGAGUAUGAAAUCCAUGGAAAAGAAGGACCUGAUAAGAUCUCAGAACAUCAUAUCAACAUAGUUUUACUGGAAAUGUUUAUGGCUGGAUCGGAGACAACAAGCAGCACAAUUGAAUGGGCAAUGGCAGAGCUUCUCCGGAAUCCAAAAUCAAUGCAAAGGGCUAAAGAAGAGCUUAAUCGAGUUGUUGGACCAAACAGGAAGGUUGAAGAAAGUGACAUGGAUAAUCUUCCAUACUUGGAAGCAGUGGUGAAGGAAACACUAAGGCUGCAUCCUCCAAUUCCUUUGCUAAUUCCUCGGAAUGCAAUGGAAGAUACAAAGUUCAUUGGUUAUAUGAUACCCAAAGAUAGUCAAAUUUUUGUGAAUGUUUGGGGAAUUGGCAGAGACCCAGAAUCAUGGGAUGAACCUUUAUCUUUCAAGCCCGAGAGGUUUAUUGGGUCAAAAAUUGAGUACAAGGGACAGAACUAUGAGUUGCUUCCAUUCGGAUCUGGAAGAAGAAUUUGUGUGGGACUUUCGCUUGCUCACCGUAUGGUUCAUCUUGCUCUGUCAUCCCUCCUUCAUACUUUUGAGUGGAAUUCUGUUCCCGAAACUUUAGACAUGAAUGAGAGGCUGGGGAUAUCAGUAAGAAAGCUGGUGCCUCUUGAAGCAAUACCCAAGAAGAUUUCAAUUUAAGAUUGAAUCUGUUUUUAGUGUUUAAUUAUGUUAAUUGGAUUCGUCUUAGUUUCCUGUUUUUGGACAAGACAGCUUUGCCCAAUUAACCCAUUUUAUCUGGGGUUCAUCUAUGUAUGAGUGGGGAUGUUGUAGUCUAUUAUGGACGAUUAUAGCUGAGAAAUAUAAUGUUUGAGACAAUUUGAUUUA